AUGAACUCCGACAAAGGUCGCAGCUCCGCCGGUGCUCCCACACCCACCUCCACCCCUCCAUCUGCAGGGAGGCAAAGGCGCGGCGGCGAUGGCGGCAGCCGCCUGAAGGGUCUGGAAACCCUUGGACCUGACGUCAUCCGCGAGGUCCAGGGAAUCAUCGGGAGCAAGCGGCCGCAGGUUGUUGCCGAACAAACUCCGGCGAAGGCAGACCGCCCCGCCGGAGAUAACAAUAACAAUGAGAAUAACAACAGACCGGCCGCCGGCGGGGCUCCGGCAGCCGGAAAUAAUAAAAAAGUAAAGCCCCGCAUUUCCGGCCCCCUACCCCCCCCUGUAAAUGCGGCCCCCCAUGUUCCGGCGAGGAACAUCGACUUCUCCCCGCUGGACUGUACCCAGCAGUUCGAAAGCACGUUUAAUUUCGUGCAGCGGAUGUUCCCGCUUGUAAAUCCCCAAAUUCCUCCGCAGCCGCCAUCGAUGGGUUCCUUGCCCGUGCAGGUUUCGGGCUCGCCGAGCGCCCCGGCGGCGGCGGAGGUGGAGGAGGCGGAGGUUGAGGCGGCGGCGGAGGCGGAGGCGGAGGAGGAGGAGGAUCCGUGGGCGGCGAUCGAUUUGGGGACCUUUCAGUUCCCCGAGCUGCCGCCGCUGUGGCCGUCCAUUGUCGGGCCCCCAGCCGCCGGAGGAAAUCCGCCACCGAAGAUGUGGCGCGACGACGGGAAUCCGCUGGAAGUGGCGGCGCGGCUGCCAUCGUCGGCUCCGGAGGGAGAGAUACCUCCGGAGCUCUUGUGUGAGCUCACCGUGCCGGCGUAUGUAUUCCCCGACGAUAUCACCGAGGUGGAGCCCCUCGAGUGGUCGCCGGAGUCCCAGGGUCCGCCGCCCUCCGGCGGAGGCGGAGGCGGUGGGGGCUCCGGCCUCUCAUUUCUCGGCGACGAUUGGAACUUUCGUGAUCUAUUUUGA